AUGGCCGAGGAGAAAGCCCAAAUCAAGAUUAAAUUCUUCACCAAAGAUGAAGAUGAAUCUUUACAAGUUUCUGAGGCUCCUUUGUACGUCCCAGUGUCCUUGAAAAGAUACGGGUUGUCAGAAGUUGUUAACCAUUUAAUCGAAAAGGAAGACGAUGAAGAAUCCAAAGCAAUCCCAUUCGAUUUCCUUAUUGACGGUGCCUUACUCAGAACCUCAUUAAGUGAGUACUUAACUAAAAAUGGGUUAUCCAACGAAGCAUUUUUAAACUUGGAAUAUACAAGAGCUGUGUUACCUCCAUCGUUUUUAGCAUCUUUCGACAAUGAAGAUUGGAUCCUGUCGUUAGAUACAAUCAACAGCACGUCAGCAGCCGUUACCACCUCUAAUAUGUCCAUCUUACAACCCAAGAUACUUUCUGGUUCGUACGAUGGUAUAGUCAGAACUUACAAUAUGUCAGGGGCCGUGGAAAAGCAAUACACCGGACAUUCUGGUCCAAUUAGAUCUGUCAAGUGGAUCUCUCCAACUAGAAUCGUUUCAUCUGGUAACGACAGACAAGUAAGAUUAUGGAAAACUUCCAUAGACAGUAAGGUGGCUGAAGAAGACGACGAGGAUGAAGAAAUUGAAGAUGGUAAAACCUUGGCCAUCUUGGAAGGACACAAAGCUCCAGUUGUCUCCUUAGCAGUGGAACAAAAGACAAACCGUAUAUUAUCAGCAGGGUAUGAUAAUUCUAUAGGGGUUUGGUCGACCAACUACAAAGAAAUGACAUCAAUUCAACCAUUAGAAUACGAUUCAAAUGUGUUAUCUACUGCAUCCAAGAAGAGAAGAAAGAUGGCAGUACAAGAUUCUACCAUUAGACGUAGAUCUCCCCUUGCAUUGCUUGAGAGUCAUUCUCAACCAGUAGAAGAUGUUAUAUUCGAUGCCAAUGACUCCACAGUUGCCUACUCAGUUUCCCAAGAUCACACCAUUAAGACUUGGGAUUUGGUAGUCUCUCGUUGUGUGGACACCAGAACAACUGGUUACUCGUUGCUUUCAGCUUUGCAACUCCCUCAAUUGCAUCUUAUUGUCAGUGGAUCUUCAGCUCGUCAUAUCAACUUACACGAUCCAAGGGUCACAGCCUCAACGACUGAGCAAACAAGCGCAUCAAAACUCGUCGGACAUUCCAACUUUGUGGUUGGCUUGAGUGCCUCUCCAACUAACGACUACAUGUUCUCAUCUGCCUCCCAUGAUGGUACUGUUAAGGUUUGGGAUGUCAGAGCCGAGAAGUCAUUAUACACAAUCACUAGAGAGUCCAAAGAAGCUGCCAAGGGUCAAGAUAAAGUCUUUGGUGUUUCAUGGGAUAACGAAAUUGGUAUUGUUAGUGGAGGUCAAGAUAAAAAGAUCCAAAUAAACAAAGGUUCUGGCAUUUCUAAGUAG